GCUUAGGAAGGAAGGAAGGAAGGAAGGAAGGGGACUAGACCGAGGGUUGCUUCCUCUGGCCGCUUCUGCUCUUCCCAUUCCCCAGCCAGGGCCAUGCGGGGGCUGCGUCUCCCUUGGUCCUUGCUCUUCGCCAGAGGGGCGCCCAGUCCCAGGGGAAGGCCCAUCUCUGGCACCGUGGCCGCUGCCCCAGGCGGCUUCCCAUGUGAAGAAGAGCUUGUGUGACACUCCUGUUGAAUCUGUUGUGAGAGUGACUGGAACAGUUGUCCCUCGGCCUCCAGGACAAGCAAAUCCUAGCAUGCCAACAGGUGACAUAGAAGUCAAAGUAGAAACAGCAGAGGUCCUGAAUUCCUGUAAGAAACUACCCUUUGAAAUGAAAGACUUCAUCAAGAAAAGUGAGGCUUUGAGAAUGCAAUAUCGCUAUUUGGACUUGCGCCGUGCUCAGAUGCAGUACAAUCUACGGCUGAGAUCCCAGAUGGUGAUGAGAAUGAGAGAAUAUCUCUGCAACUGUUAUGGGUUUGUGGAUGUGGAAACUCCAACACUGUUUAAAAAGACUCCAGGGGGCGCAAAGGAAUUUGUGGUACCUUCACGGGAGGCUGGAAAAUUUUACUCAUUACCCCAGAGUCCUCAGCAGUUUAAGCAGCUACUGAUGGUUGGAGGCCUGGACAGGUAUUUCCAAGUUGCCCGCUGCUAUCGAGAUGAAGGUUCAAAGCCAGACAGACAGCCAGAAUUCACACAGAUUGAUGUUGAGAUGUCAUUUGUAGACCAAGCUGGGAUUCAAGCUUUAAUAGAGGGGUUGCUCCAGUAUUCCUGGCCAGAAGAAAGGGGGCCCAUCAACACACCCUUCCCUUCCAUCAGCUAUGAUGAAGCAAUGGCCAUCUAUGGGACUGAUAAACCAGACACUCGCUUUGCAUUGAAGAUUACUGAUGUCAGUGAUGUGCUCAGGAAUGUGGAAAUUGGAUUUUUACAGAAUUCCCUCAGUGGAUCCCAGAGCACUAUCAGAGCCAUUUGCAUACCCCAAGGAGCAAAAUAUCUACAGGAAAAAGAUCUGGAGACAUUAACUGAACUGAUAGAAUCCAAAUUUAACCAGGGAUUAUUGCACUUGAUUUUGAGGCCUGAUGGGAGCCUGAAGUCCCGACUUGCAAAGUUCUUAAAUGAGAGCCAAAAACUGGAGCUCAUCAAAGCAGUUCAAGCCAACGUGGAUGAUGUGGUGGUGCUUGCAGCUGGAGAGCAAGAAAAGGUGUGCUUGACCUUAGGGAAAGUGCGAUUGGAGAUUGCUGAAAUGUUGGAAGCAAGAGGCCUGCCGCUCCGGAACCCCUCUGCCUUUCACUUUUUGUGGGUGGUGGAUUUCCCCCUUUUCCUCAAGAAAGAAGAAAGUGCUCUGGAAUUGGAGUCUGCUCACCAUCCUUUCACUGCCCCUCGCCCCACCGAUGAGCCUCUUCUGUACACAGACCCUGCAAAGGUGCGUGGUCAGCACUAUGAUUUAGUCCUAAAUGGUAGUGAGAUUGGAGGUGGUUCCAUUCGAAUUCACAGUGCAAAGCAGCAACGUUUCAUUCUUGAGAAGGUGCUGAAGGAGGACACUGAACUGCUUACUCAUCUUCUUGAAGCUCUAGAUUGUGGAGCACCACCUCAUGGAGGAAUUGCAUUAGGGCUUGACAGAUUGAUCAGUCUCAUAGUUGGAGCUGAUAGUAUUCGAGAUGUCAUUGCUUUCCCCAAGUCCUUCAAGGGAAGAGACCUGAUGAGUAAUGCUCCAGAUUAUGUUACUCCAGAGGAACUGAAGCCGUAUCAUAUUCAAGUUACAUGGCCUUUGGCCCAAGCUAAAGCCAGCACUCACUGAUUACAAGUAUCUAGUCUUGUUUUGGGCAGCACUGUGAUCAGAAUCUAAGAUAAGAUGGUACAAAAUCUACUGGACAUCUAUAACUGGUGGAAACAUGAAUUUAUCCUAUUUAUUAUUGGUCCACUAAUGCAAUCCCUUUGGUUAACUGUCUCCCCUUCCUGUCCACCUCUCUGAGGGGGGAAGAAAUAUUUCGUCUUGCAUUAAAAGCACUGGAUGAAUGCAUAGCUGCAGUCACAUGAAGAAACAUGAUAGUGUACAUAUGGAUCUUCCAAGAAUAGAGCUGAUGUUUGUUUAGCUGGGUGAUCAACAUGAUUAACUCUGUAAAUAUACCAAGCCAGCAUAACCAAUUGUGAGAGAUAAAGGAAGUUGCAAUCCAAUGUAAUCUGGGGGGGAGGGACACAAUUGCUCAUUCUCUUGUUGCCAAUGGAAAUUACAAUAAAAUUUUCAACUUUAUUUAUAAAAGAGCUUGAACCAGAUGUAACACAUAAUUUCCUUAGUCACCUUUUGUAUAGAAAUGCAUUUGAAUAAAUCAUGGGCACAACUCACAUUGUUCUCCAGGAGCUGUGAUAUGCCUUUAAACUCCCACCAAGAUCAAAUACCAAGAAGUGGCCCUAGAUGUCAUUUCUGGUUACAAUUUGUGUAUGCCAUGUCCCAUAGCAGUUCCACCACUGGGGUGAACAUUCAUUCCAUGCAACUGCCACAGUUGCCCAUGUGGGCUGUAGUAGACCAAGGACAUUUAUUUGGUUUAAGGUUGGCUUGUUCUACGACCACAUACAAUGCCCUAUUAACAAGAAUUCUGCUGCUGCUCUUUGUUGUUGUCUUACGCUGACCCUAAGGUGAAUGGAAAAGUUUUCUAGACAAAAUUUCUUCAGAUGUGGUUUGCCAGUCUUCCUCUGAGAAUAAAAGUAUGAGUUGCCCAAGGCCACCCAGUGAGUUUCCAUGACUGGAUGGGGAUUUGGCUAGGACUCACAGGUCCUAGCCAACCACUCAAAACUAAUAUGCCACAUUUGCUGCAAUCUUCACCAAGUGCCUUUAUCAGUUUAUUCCCAUUUUCAGUCAGUUCAAUCAUAGGCAGCUAUGAAUCUUCAGAUGCUUUUGGCCUGAAUUCUCAUGGAUCCCUAAGCAUUGCCAACUGUUAGAAACGAAAGGAGGGACUUUCCAAAUUACAUGACACAGAACAUUAACUUUGCUUCAGUGAGGUAGUGUGGCUAUUUUCAUCUUCUACUUCUAAGCUGCAUAUUUUGUGGUCCUUACUUUCACACUAUUCAGCAACAGUUGACCUUCUAUACCCAGAUUAUGCUUCCACAGAUUCAUCCAUCCACAUCUUGAAAAUUUUUAAAAUUCCAAAAAGUAAACAUUGAUUUUGCCACUUUAUAUAAAGGAAACCAUUUUACUGUCCCAUUAUAUUUAAUGGGACUUGAGCACCCAUGGAUUUUGGUAUCCAUGGGGGGGCCUUGGAACCAAGCUCCAACAGAUACCAAGGGCCCUGCAUUUUUACUUUUGUCACUUGUUGAUCCAAGUCUUUUGUUUUCUGCUAAUUCUGUGUUGUCUCCCUUAUUGUUUUUUGUAUUGUUUCCUCCUUCGAGUCUAAUCAUGCUUGCUUAUGUGUUACACAUAAAUAGUACCUUGGGUUUGAGUGUUGGACUGCAACUCUGCAGACCAGGUUUUGAUUCCCUGCUUGGCCACUGAUUGAGGUUAGGCAAGUCACAUGCUCUCAGCCUUAGAGGGAAGGCAAUAGCAAACCACCUCUGAACAAAUCUUGCGUUAGGGUCACCAUAAGUUGGAAAUGACUUGAAGACGCAGAACACUUGCUUAACUUGUGCGGUUGCUAUUUGAAAGCAAAUUUUGUUGAAUUCAGCAGGGCAGACUCCCAAGUAAGCAUAUGUAAGACUGCAAGCUAAACUACUUCAUUAUAAGUAUUUUCUCAUGGACUGAAGUGCCCUGCAGUAUCUUGUUUUUAUCGCAAAGUUACAUUCCACAUUUAGCACUGCCGUUCUCCCCAAUGGUGGUGCAUGUACAUGGCUGCAUCAGCACAUGCAUUGUGCCACCAUUGGCGAGAAUGGCACUUGAGGUCCCGCAUUAUUUGCUAUCCAUGGGAGUGUCUGGAACGGGUCCCCUGUGGAUAUGAAUGAGCUGACUGUAGUCUACAAUACUUGAUAUUCAUUGGGCCAUCCAAUGUAUCCAACAAGCCAAUAGAUCCUAUCCAUGUACUAAGGCUGACCCUGCUUAGCUUCCAAAAUCAAAUGGGAUCUGAUGCCUUAUCAUGGGGUUUUCUCAACAAGCUUUGUUCAGAGGUCUGCCUUCCCCUGAGGCUCCGAGUUCCCACGACCAAGCAGGGAUUCAAACCAUGGUCUCUAGUAACGGUACCAUAUUAAUGAGGCCCUUUCUUUGUUAUCUACUCAUUUUAAGAAAUAAACUUGUUGCUAUAUAAAGCUUAUAUUGCCUACUACACCAUUUAGAUAACUGAACAAAGCUGCAUGCUCUGUUCCUUGAUUAAAUUGUGGAGAUCCAUUGGGAGGACAGACAUAAAAUAUGUCUUACAAGAGCAUGAGCUGCUUCUGGACUCCCAAGAUUCCACAGCAGAUUUUUAGGGUGUGAGAUUGGGGCAUUCUUCAAGUAUAGUGAACAUUUUCAAUACAGCUUGAUUUUACCUCACACAGCUCUGAGCAACUGCAGCAAGCUGGAACUUUUCUAGUUUUAAAGGAAAUGCAGGUACCUUUGCUAAUGCCCAUGACAUUGGGAAGUCUUUUAAGGGGAAAGGGUGAAUGUGAUUGUUGAUCUGUGUUUAUGUAUUUGUUCAUGUUAUUUUCAAAUACUGAAUAAAUUUUUUUUAAUAAAAAUAAAAGAGAGGGAAGCGACUGCGCCCUAAUCAUUAGCCACCUCUUGCAGAACCUUUCUUCCAAAUAUGGCAUCUGCUGAUCUGACCUUGUCAAUCUUGUAGUGACCUACAUAUGCAACUGAUCAGAGCAGUAAUGGAAAAUACUUUCAGUGGAGGGGCUCGCUUGGCUGAGUGUGCCAUGACAUUAGGAGAUUUUCUGUCACUUCUCUUGUGGAUGCAAUGGGUUAGGACAGAUAAGAAUUAUCCAUAUGCAAGAUGUUCCCUAACUAAAAGGGCUGACAGCCCCGAUACACAAGCAGAACUGAUGUCUGAAUUACCAAUUUGCAAGUCACUCUGAGAGCAUUUCUGAAGAGUGGGGUAUACAUUAACUACAAUAAAUAAAUCUGACCAAAAGCAUUUACACUGGUGCUUCGGGUUACGAAAUUAAUUCGUUCCGCCAUUCCUUUCG